AUGGUGCUCACGCUGCUCGUCUCUGUCUAUAAGCUCUGCCGGUUCUUUGCCAUGUCGGGGGCGGAGAGGCUGGUGGUGCCGGACUGCGUGAGCCAGCCGGGCUGGUGGGCAGGCGCAGGGAGCUCCAGGGAGCACCGCGAGGUCUCUCCCGGCGUGAACACGGAUGUGCAGGCGGCCUUGGACCGCAUCCUGCCCACCCUGCACCAGGCCCUCGCCUCCGCCAAGCGGGCGGUUGCUCCAGCUCAGCUCAGGAAGGCCAUCACUGACAUCUUCCAGCUCGUGGAAGAAGCCUGGGGGAUGCCCACGCUGGGCAGGGACGUGGCCAAAGUGCUGUGCGAUGCCAUCCGCCUGGAGGGCGGCCUGGACCUGCUGCUGAAUCUGCUGCACACAGCCGAGCUGGAGACCAAGUGCCAGGCAGGAAAACUCCUGGAGCAGAUCCUGGUGGCAGAAAACAGGGACCGGAUUGCUCGGAUUGGUCUGGGGGUGAUCCUGAAUCUAGCAAAGGAACGAGACAUUCCCCAGCUGGCGCAGAGCACCUCUGGCAUCCUGGAGCAUAUGUUCAAACACACCGAGGAGACGUGUUUCCAGCUCAUCUCUGAUGGAGGCCUGGAUGCCAUCCUUUACUGGUGCCGCUGGACAGACCCUGUGGUGCUGCGUCACUGUGCCAUGGCCUUGGCCAACUGUGCCAUGUACGGUGGGCAGGCCAACCAGCGCCUCAUGAUCGAGAAGAAGACGGCAGAGUGGCUCUUCCCAUUGGUGUUCUCAAGGGAUGAUGAGCUGAUCCGUCUGCACGCAUGCCUGGCCAUCACGGUGCUGGCCACCAACAAAGAGAUCGAGAAGGAGGUGGAGCGCUCAGGGACGCUGGCUCUGGUGGAGCCCUUCAUCGCCUCUCUGGACCCAGGGCAGUUUGCGUGUGACAUGCUGGACAGCAGUGACAACAGCCAGGGAAGGACAGCCGCCGACCUGCAGCGCCUGGUACCCUUGCUGGACAGCUCGCGGCUGGAGGCCCAGUGCAUCGCUGCCUUCUACCUCUGCACAGAGGCUGCCAUCAAAACCAGGCAGAAGAAAACAAAGAUUUUCAGCGAGAUUGGGGCUACACAGAGCCUGAAGAGGAUCGUGUGCUACUCCACCAGUGGCACCAUCUCCUCCCUGGCCAAAAAAGUGCUGCGCAUGAUAGGGGAGGAGGUGCCUCGGCGCAUCUUGCCCACCGUUCCCAAUUGGAAAACCUUUGAGGUGCAAACGUGGCUACAGCAGAUUGGAUUCAACAAGUACUGCCAGAGCUUCCUGGACCACCAGGUGGACGGGGACAUACUCCUGCGACUGACGGAGAAGGAGCUGCAGGAGGAUUUGGGGAUGGACUCCAGCAUCACUCGGAAAAGGUUUUUCCGGGAGCUGACGGAACUCAAGACCUUCGCCAACUAUUCCACCUGCGACCAAAGCAACCUGGCUGACUGGCUGGGCAGCAUCGACCCCAAGUUUCGGCAGUACACGUACAACCUCCUGGCGUGUGGCAUCAAUCGCAACCUCUUGCACCGCGUGACGGAGCAGCAGCUGCAGGAGGACUGCCACAUCAACAUGGGUUUCCACCGCGUCCGCAUCCUCUCUGCUGCCCGGGAAAUGCUUCACUCCCCUAUAACGCUGCAAGUUUCAGCCAGUGGGACUGAUGUAUUUAUCAGCUACCGGAGGAGCACGGGGUCGCAGCUAGCCAGCCUGCUGAAGGUCCACCUGCAGUUGCACGGCUUCAGUGUCUUCAUCGACGUGGAGAAGCUGGAGGCAGGGAAGUUUGAGGACAAACUGACCCAGAGUGUCAUGAAUGCCCGCAAUUUCGUGCUGGUGCUCUCGCCAAAUGCACUGGAUAAGUGCAUGGGAGACCCUGAAUGCAAGGACUGGGUGCACAAGGAGAUCGUGACAGCCCUUAACGCUGGAAAGAACAUUGUGCCAGUCACAGAUCAUUUUGAGUGGCCCGAUCCACAGACGCUUCCUGAAGACAUGAGAGCUGUCUUGAAAUUUAAUGGCAUCAAGAGCUGGCUCUCCUCCUUGCUGACUGGCACUUACCUGAUAGCCCUGGCUACAGUCCCCAAGCUCAGGGUCGUCCCUGUCCUCUGCUGGAUGCAAUGCCAGGUAGUGACUGUUCCUGUGUCCCUUCUUCUAACUCCUUUUCUGAAGCCCAGGGGGAGGUUGCUAGGCAGGAGCAUGGACUGAGAGCAGGACUGGCUGUGUCACUAUCAGCACGAAGCUGAGGGGCCAGGCGCACCUCAACGGGACCUUCUGGCCUCCUCCUCACACCUCCUUGGAAGGUGAGCAGGCCCUCAACAAGGUACCAUUUUGCAGUUGAGACCUGAAAUUGUAGUUCCACCUCGUUGAGAUGUCUUUUCUGAUGCUGAGCCUGAUGUCCUCCCCACAGCACAGUCCUCCUCCAAGGAGCAAACCCAUGGCCAGGUAACUCCAGCCUGCCCAGACACUCUGGGCAGCUGGCUCAUGUAUCCCCCGGCAGAACAGAACGCAGAAAGCUCCUCAGCCAGUCCCUGCUCAGGAUAAUCCUUACCUUUCAGGAGGGAAUGAGGAGGCUCAGCCAUGCUCCAGCCCAGCAGUCGAGUCACCUUGUCCUUCUCCUGGCUCUCCAUGAAGCCUUUCUACCUUUCUACUUUCAGGAACACAAGCAUUUGCUCAGGUUUAUGCAUAUCUGAGGAAAGACAAAAGAAAAUGUUAAAUUCAGGUGCUUAAUCACAUCUUUAUGGACAGUUCUUACCAAUUCAUAGUUAAUGGCAUCUCUGCUUUCUGGAGGAAGAAGGUUAAUGCCAUAUCCGCCCAGCAGUAAUCAGAAACAGAAUCCAGCUAAUCUUCAGAUUAAAUAAGAGGAAGACAGCAGAUGAGCCCAAAGGUGAAUAUACCGAAGGAUAAAAACCACAGGGCUUUUAUGUGAGUUACUUCAGGGAAAAGUUUUGAGUCACCGGUUGAAGGUCAAGGCCUCCAUGCCCACUGAUGGAGAUUCUGGAACAAAGAGUCCUAAAGAUUUUGUUGCUUGCAAUACUAUACAAAAAUCCCAGAAAGAUACUAGAAGCAAGAAUCUUGUGUAAAAAGGGCUUAUAGUUUCUCAGGAGCUCUCCAUCAUUUAACCUCUUCACCCACACUUAAUAUAGAGUAGAUUUAGUUGUCUUCUACAGUUUAGCUGGUUUCGCCUGAAAUCAGAUCCCACUCCUUGUUCCAGCUGUUCAAACUGUAACUCUUCCUGUUUUCUUAUCAUUCUACUACCUUCAUCCCAAUGAACUCUUUGCAAAGCAUCCCAUUCCCAACCCCUUCGAGUCGGGGCAGAAGAUCCUGAAGGGAGAAAUGCUUCUCACCUUUUCUUAUUCCUUUGUCAUGUCUUAUCA